GCAACAACAAAGAUCGCUCCUUGUUCGCUGCAUAUAUUUUAAUAACGAGACAACAACGAGGGAUUGUUCGCCCCGAAGUCACACGAUCUUCACACGGAAACAGCCGACAGUUCUCGGCCUCAAGCGCCGCCUACGAUGACGACACUCCUAGCAGCAAGGGAGCGAAAAAAGGAUGGAACCCCUCCACCCUCCAAACAUGGCUGCUUUUUUCAUUUACCUGUAUCUUUGGCUUUCGAUAAGGAGUCUCAGCUAUGCCCUACUCGCCGCAAAAAUAUAUGAACCGGGAAAACACCGCACAGAUGCUAUGUCAAAAGGUGUGCAGCCAGGUGUUGCUGUGUUUGAGAUAUAUGAUGACAGUGAUAUACAUGUGUAUGCUGAUGGACAGCAGGUAUUCAAUACAACUUCAGAGAAUGGUCAUUUUCCAAAUAUAACAUUACAAUUUACAGCCUUUGGCAGAAACAUUCUGUUAGACCUCCAUUUAACCAGGGAUCUUUUUUCUGCAUCAUACAUAAAGAAGUUACAGCACCAUGAGAGAAAAUUUAUAAAGAUUUUGCAUAGAAAAGAGCACUGCUAUUAUCAAGGCAGCAUUCGAAAUUCCCCAAAUUCUCAUGCAGCUGUUAGCUCUUGCAGUGGUUUCAGGUAUCGACAGGGGGCUAUAUUAACAGAUAGUGAAGAAACAUAUCACAUAGAUCCUUUAAAUGACACACUUCACAGAGUGUUCAGAAACAGUGACAGGAAGAAAUUACCAUUUCAGUGUGGAACUAAUCGCCAUGAUAUUUAUCAACCUCCAAGUGCUAUAUAUCAGGAUCAUGCAAGAAAAAAAAGGAGCAUACAUGGUCCAUACGACAAAAAUCAGUACACUCGCUUUGUAGAGCUUUACUUGGUUAAUGACUACAGGACUUUUCAGCGUCACAAAGAAAAUGCAGAUGAGGUCUUUAGAAGAUCUCAAGAUAUAGCUAACAUUGUGAACAGUCUAUAUCGACAGCUGAAUAUCUAUGUAGUACUGGUAGGGGUGGAAGUGUGGGGAACUGGUGACAAAAUAGGCAUCACUUCCAGUGCAGAUACUACAAUGGAAAACUUCCUUCGUUACCGCAAGGAACGCAUUAACCCUUACCAUCCAAAUGACAAUGCUCAACUCAUAACUGGCAUUCACUUUGAUCAUGGUGUAGUGGGAAAGGCAAUCAAAGGUCCUAUCUGCACCCAUCAGUUUUCUGGAGGUGUUAGCAUGGAUUAUGAUGGUCUGGUUACACUGGUAGCCACAACGGUUGCUCACGAGAUAGGACAUAACUUUGGCAUGGAACAUGAUAAUGAUACCAAGUGCAGCUGUCCUGAGGAGAAAUGCAUCAUGGCUGCCACCAGCGGACAACGGAGCCCUCAGCACUGGUCUUCAUGCUCACAAAAUGCACUUCAUGAAGCAUUUGAGCUGGGUAUGGACUAUUGCCUGCGUAACCAGCCUCGCAUCAUCUUUGAUGGGCCUGUUUGUGGCAAUGGCUUUGUAGAAGAUGGAGAAGAAUGUGACUGUGGUUUGCCAGAGGAUUGUGGUAAUCGCUGCUGUAAUGCCACUUCCUGUCAGCUGCACUCUCAGGCUGUUUGUGCUACAGGUCGCUGCUGCAACUUGGAAACCUGCAAGCCCAGGGCAGCUUCUUCACUGUGCCGUGAACCAGUUGGGGAAUGUGAUCUGUCAGAGUUCUGUGAUGGAGUCUCAGAGUUCUGCCCGCAAGAUGUGUUCGUGGAGAAUGGUGUGCUUUGUAAAGGUGGACAGUCCUAUUGCUAUAAGGGCAAGUGCAACACACACAAUGACCAGUGCCAGCUGCUUUGGGGCUCGACUGGACGUGUAUCUGACCCCAUCUUGCUUCCAGCAGCUCAAUGUACGUGGCGACCAUGGAAUGUCAUGUGUGGAUUGUUGCAUUGUGUUCACCUGAAUGAGAAGCUUAUGUUCUGGCGUGAUAACUUGGCACUUGACAUGCGUGCUAACUUCCUUACGCGAGGCAACACCCAGUAUGUCUGUCGUUCUGCCAUGCUGGAUGUGGGCUUGGAUAUGCCUGACCCUGGUCUAGUUCCUGAUGGUGCCAAAUGUGAAGAAAAUAAGUCAGGCAUGUGUCCCAUACAAAAGCUGGAUAUUCCACAAUGUCCUGACUGUCAUGGUAAUGGGGUGUGUAAUAGCAAAGGCCAUUGCCACUGUCAUGUUGGAUAUGCACCUCCUUUGUGUGAUCGACCUGGAUUUGGAGGCAGUAUUGAUAGCGGACCAGCUACUAAUGAGUAUGCCAAGAAAGACCUGCUUAUUGGACUGUUGGUGCUCUUCUUGGUCAUUUUGCCUUUGAAUUGUGCUUUGAUACUUGCCUACAUCAACCGGCGGCGCCUUAUAUCCUGGUGGAAGCUUGGACCAAGGUUUAAAUUUGGAAUCCUUAAGAAGUCACAGAUUCCUCCCCAGCCCCCACAACCUCGACACAGCACAAGCAUCUCUGAAAAACGAUGGUCCGCAGCACCACCAAAGCCCAGUCCUGUUUUGGAGAUUUCUGGCCCAUUCACUGGUGACCAUCUACCCCCUAUUCACAGACCAGCACCUGCUCCCCCACCAUCCAGACCAGUUCAUUCAAAGCCACCAGCUAAGCCUGUAGCCAGUGUUUCCGCCCCAAACCCUCCUAAAGUUCAGAACUCAGCACCCAGCACCAUUUUUCUUGAUGGAUCUGCUGCCAGCCGAGACCGUAGAAGCUUUUUAAGUGGUGUUGCUUCCAGCACCCCAGGCAGCACAGCUCAGUCUGAUCCAGACAGAAAAGUUGGGAACAGUACUAAGACGCCAGGUAUUAUAGGGGUUGAAAGUUCAAGAAUGCUGCCAUCCCUCAGCUUAAGCCUUGACCGUAGACUGAAGACACAGAAGGUUCCCAUGGAAGGGGUAAAUGAAAGAGAAGAGGAAGUUCCAUUUGUACCUUUGUCCCCUACAAAGUCUGGUAGAAAAGUUGCUCAUUCAAAUUCUUUGAAGGAGUCUCAAACCAAGGACAGAGCAGGAGGAGCUGGUGAGAAGCUCCUCAAACGAGAGUCUUUCCGUGGCACAGAGAUCUCCAAUCCAAUUUUAGUCAGCACUACAAACCGUGACUCCCAGGUCUUUGCUGACUUUGAAUUUGAUGAGUCUGGCAUUGUAGCUAGACCACCUGGUUCCUUUGGUAGCAACAGCCCAUCCACAGAGAAUGUGCGUGAUGGAUGCCGCAGUCCAGUUCGGCGCAGCCAAUCAGAUCGCCCUUUAUCUCCCAAACGUAGAACACAAGGAGUGGAGGGAAGUACUUCUAGCAAGAAGGCCCCUGAUGUGCAGCAGAAUGCUUCAUUCCGACCACGUCCUUUACCUCCUGAGCCAGUUCUGGAGACAGAGCCACUAUACAUAAAUCAGGGCUUAAGUGACCUGUCAGACCUCAAGGACUGCAUUAGCAGUGUUUUCAGUGGAAUGGACAGCACAUUCAAAAGCCAAACAGCUGUAGAUUUACCAAAGGCACCACCUGUGCCUUCUCUCCUCCUGCUUCCAGUGGCCAACCUUUGAGAGCAAAAGAGAACCCUUCCUUUGCACUUGGAACCAGAACUGAUCCAUCAGCAUCCACUGGCUCCGCUGCCAAAAAGGAAUUCUUUUCAUCCUUAGCAGAUAACAAAUCCAGCACUUCUAGUAAGGCUCCUGCUGCUAGUACCACAGCUGCCAAGGGAGGAUCUGCUGCUUUAAAUGCCUUGAGGAAAGGACCCAACACACCAGCAAGUGACUCCUCCAGUGUAUCAAAACCCGAGGAUGUAGCUGCUAAAAAGUCUUUGGGAAGGGGUCCACUUCUGUCAUCCAUCAACAAGGGGCCUUCUUCCUCUGUGACUAGUUCCCAGAACAAGGAACCUUUGACUAAUGCAGUACAGAAGAUAGCUGGAGCUAACCCUGCAAACAGAGCAGCCGCUGCUGGCACCCUUUCCAAUGUCACCAGUGGUGCUGCUGCAGCUGAUGCUGCCCGCAAAACAUCCAGUGGUGCUAAGGGUGUGACGGCUAACCCUGUGACAAAAGGCCCGAACAGUUUAGCUGACAAGAGUUCUGUUAACAGUGCUCGUACCAAGACUCCUGUGGCAAAUGUGGCCAGUAAGAGUAGUGUGGCGAGCGCCUCCAGCAAGCAGCCCAUGCCAGCAAACAGUACCACUGCUAAAGGAUCCGUCGUAGCCAGCAUUAGUGCACCAGCAGGUUCUGGAAGGGAAGUGCAAGCCAUCUGCAGCGGAGUGCAUCAGCAGCUAGUGGCAGCCGGCCUGCUGUGGCUCCUAAACCACAACCCAGCAAAAAUGUCAGGAGCUUCAAUUUUUGACAGCAGUGGGCUUUGGGUGCUACCGUCACACCCCCAGAUUUGUUUCAUGUGCUUUCAGGUGUUUGAUAUUCUGUCAUCAGUGCGCAAGAAAAAAAAAAUUUUAGGAUGUAAACUGGAAUGUUACCAGUGUUAAAGCUGAUUGCAGAUUGACAGUUGUUGUUAACACAAGUGAGUUUACUUCACCUCUGAGGACGAUAACUGAAUAUUGUUUAUACAUGUGGCUUUCAUAAUUUUUGAUUUUGCUUUUUAUUCUUUUUUGUCAUGCUAAAGAGAUUUUUUAUAAAACACUUUAAAUCCUUUUGUUGGUGGAAGGAUAUUGCAGGACUUCAUAAGAUGUGUCGUAUGAUUCAAACAGUUGAGCUGAGAAAGAAGAUUAAAGUUUUGAUUGAGACCUGUGAGCUAAUUAUACUUGUGUGUAGGUAAUGUGUGGAUCUGAAUUUACUUGUUUUCUCGAGGAUUUUUUCUUUUUUAUCGUUUUUACCUCUGACUGUCUCAGAAAAAAUGAAUUGUGGGUAUCCAGCAUUUUUUUUUUUUUAUUGAACCCAUGACCUUCAGGUCAUUUGGCUUUGGCUAUCCAUUUUUUAUGGAUUUAAAAAAAAUCUUGUGUCUAAUUAGUUGGAUCAAAUUAAUAUUAAAAGAACUUUGAACAUUAUAGAUCUCUUUCAACGAUCACAUUAUUAUUCUGCCAGUUUACACACUAGGUUGAAAGGGAAAAGUUCAAAAUGUCCUGUUGAGCACGUUAUUGCGCUGACUGGUGUAAGGGGAAGAACUCGCACAAAAAAGUUCUUCCUGAAUUUUUAACUCCCUUGUCCUGGCUGCAUUUUCCUGUCGGUUCCUUUUUCAUGAACUUGUUACAAAGACUAUUUGAAUAUUUGAGCUUCACAUGGGAACAUGCACUCUACAAAUUCAGUUAUCAUUAUUAUUUCAAAAUGGAGCAUCAGUAAAGAAGACAGUUAAUUGCAUUGAAUGAUUUUGGUCUUUGUUUAGAAGAAAAGACUACAAUUUGUGUGUAGGUUGAAAAUUUGUUUAGAUGCUGUUUGCCAGGCACUGACCUAGUCUUCUCUUUUUUGCUUUUAAGAAAGGACUUCCUUGAAAUAGUGAACUUGUGUCUCAAUAUAAUGUGCAUUUUCUAAGAAAAUAGAUUGUCAAAUAGGGAAGGAUUAAGUUUUGCGUGUAAGGUUUGUAAAACUGGAGAUAAGAGAUAAGAAACAGAAGUGUUAUGCAGACUUCAGUGCUUCCUCUGACAGCUUUUUGUUUAAAUAAUUUCAGCUUUCAGAUAUACAUUUAUGUUCUGGCACUAGGAUCUCUGGGACAUUGAAUUCUUUGACUGCAAUAAGUUUUCAAAUAAAUUUCCAAGGAAAUCAUACUUGUACAUGGUAAUCGUCCUAUUUUGAAAAAAAAUGAUGUUUAAAAAAUUGCAGAUAAUUUCAUUAUUAUGUCAAUUAUUAUUAUUUUUCUUUGAUGAUCCAUACUAAAAUUAACCUCAUUAUUAAAACAAUUUUUUAUUGCCAUUUCAAUGAUUAUAUUUGCAGGAGACAAAUGUCAAACAAAAAGAUUUUUCUCGGUCUGAUUUCAUCCUUUGAAGUGAAAUGUCAAACCCCAUCCCAGAAACAUAAAACGUAAUUAUGAAUUUAUGAAAUGGCAAACCCACAUGAUGGGAUACCAUACCCACUGGACACCAACUAUUCAAAAACUUCAAUAUUUGUCCAACAUAUAUACUUAUUGCUUGUCACUAGCAAAGGAUGUUUUUGUGAAUUUUGCUUACCUUUACUUGUAACUUGUAGCAGUAAAGAGUGUGUGUUUGAUCAGUAUUUGCAGUGCAGCAGUUUAAUGGUGAGUUUGGAACCAAAUGUGAGGAAAUAAGUACUUUCCUACAUUAUUAUCAUUAUUUUUGCAACCACUGACAAUGAUGACGUUCCCCAGCAAACCUUUUUUUUUUUAAAAUAUGGAUUAAUGCAGACUAGAGCAGUAUUAUUACCAGUUAUUUUGCAAAGUGUUUAAUACACUUAAAAACAUGUUUCACUAGUUCAUAAGCUUCAUGCAAGUGUAAAUUUUUGUUUAUGAUGCAUGUUCUGAAAGUCUUGAGUUUCCGGUUAUCUUGAUAGUGGCUAUAUAUAUAUUUGUGUAUCUCUUUCCAUGAUGAUUGUUCUGAAGAAUUUGAUUUCAAGAGGAUUUUGUAUAUUUUGUUUGUGAAGGACCACUGACUUAGCUAAACUGAGGGAAGCAGCAGUUGCCUUUUCUGAAAUCUUAGCUGUUAACUACUGUAAGAAUCAUUGCAAAUUUGUUUCAGAAUAAGUUAGUUCCAUGAGAUUUAAACAAAAAAUAACAAAACAUAAACAAAAUAAUCUGAAGGACACAUAUCAGAAAAAUAUUUGUACAAACACAAUUGCAUUUGGUAGUUUAACUAGUUUAACUAGUGCAGAUAAUGUUUCAGGUAGGUUCUGCACCUUUAAGAUUUUAUGACUGAAAGGAAUUGUGAUUUGUUAUAUUUUUUUGUAAGAAGAUGGGCAUGCAGGUAUCAUAGAUAAUGAAGGAAGUAGAUUUUAUGUAGUGUGGUAUGUCAGCAUACAUAAUUAUGUUCAGUUUUUGGUGUCUGUUAGCAAUGCUCCAAGUAAUGAUCAGGGCAUAUUGUGCAAUAUAUGGUUUUUAAAGUCAUCUAAGGACUUUGCACCAAUAGUUGAUGAAUAAAUGUGCAGUGGCCUCUUUUUACUGUACAUAUUUUGAUUUAUCCUUAUUCUGAUGAAAUCUUGUUUUCUGGAAGCAAGAAUUAGGUUUGACAGAACUAAUGAGAACAUAGAGAAUAUGGAAAUACUUUUUCACUGUUGUUCUCAGGCAUACUAAAAUUGGCGUAUUCUUUAAAAUGAAGCGAGUUUACCUUUCUCUUUUAUUUUUGGUUCUUAAAUUUCACUAUUUUUCUCAGGUGUAGUAUAAUUGGCUUAUUCUUUCAAAAGCAGCAAGCUUACCUCUCUCUUUUAUUUGGUUCUUAAAUGACUCCUUUGUUUUUUAAUCAUCAUUUUCAUUUACUGUCUUGGGACAUUUUGACACAAACAUUUGUAACUGCAAAGCCACAUCCAGAGUUUGACAUAACCUAUCAUUAUUUAAAAUGCAGCAUUCAUACAAUUGAAUGUACAUCUGUGAUUCUUAAUACAUUUUUUGAUAUUGUUAUUCUAUGUAGCAUGGUUAAGUAAUAUCUGCUAUGAAUCCUCAUCAUGCUGAAAAAUCUGCAUGAUCUUUUGCAAGAAACUGAAUGGAGUGCAGGAUUUUAAGUUCCAUUUCUUGCAUUCAGGAAUCAUGAUAUGUGUGCAAGAUUAUACUCCGUUGAGAUGUCAGUCUCACAUUAUUUGCGUUCAGUUUUAAAAUAGAUCUGAGAGUCUCUCCCUACAUGUUGGUUGCUCUGACUGAUGUGAAGAACGAUGUGAUGUGAAUGUUUUUGUAAUUGAAUAAUUUGUUGCUGUGCAUAUUUCUUCAUUGGUGUAUUUUAUUUCCAUUAUUGCAUAUUGAAACAUCUACUGUGCUGUUUUUUUUUUUAUCUGCAGCAGUUGCAAGUAUGCAUGUUUUGUAAUCCUAAGCAUUGUUAAAUUAUUAUUGAAACAAAAAAUCCAUUAAAUUCACUCCCUUGAUUAGCUGA